GUCUCUGCGUGGCGGUAAUGCUGUCAUUCUUUAUAGCUGUCCGAGCAUUUCGUUCAGCAGGUAUCUACAGACGCUAAAUGUAAGCAGAGGAAUGAAGUUAAUGAACAAGCGGAAGUUGAUUGGUUGAAAAACAGUCAAAGGUCAAAGUUUAAAAUGGCGAAUCUUAGCAAACCUUUGGGUCUUAAAUACAGCUGUUAUGAAGUUGGGCACACUUGGAACCCUUAUUGUUUGCAUGCCACUAAAGAUAUAGCAAAACACGGCUUCAAGGAGGCCCUUAAAAUUUAUACUCUCGUAUACGUGUUUGCAGCCAUUGUCAGAAAACGAGGACGGGAAUACUACAAGAAGCAACUCAUUCCAGAAAUCUUACACUCUUCACUCUUCUUAUCAACAAAUGCUUAUAGUUAUGUGACAUUCUUCUGCCUGUGGCGAUAUGUUUUUGGAAACAUAUAUUUUUUGACCACUGGUUUUUUACCAGCUGCCUCAGCUGCUUUACUUAGUAUUUGUUUAGAAAGAAAAUCCAGACGUGGUCUCUUAGCGCUCUAUGUGACUAACUUGGCUAUUGAAACUAUGUAUCGGAUGAGUGUCUAUCGUAAAUACAUCCAACCAGUAAAACAUGGAGAGGUGCUGAUAUUUAGUUUUGUCAGUGCUGUGUUUUUGUACCUCUAUAGAUCUAAAGGCGGGCUUUCAACUUCUGUAGCAUCUGUAAUUAGAUUCUUUGUUGGUGCUGAAGAACAUGCAGACUCUACAGAGGAUAGUUACUGUGAAAAUGAGCAGAAUUUGGGAGCAAGUCCUUUAAAAUAUCAUUCCAAUAAAUACUUAGAAUAUAUAAAAUCAUUGAAGAAGCGCUGUGAACAGUCUCCACGACAUCCACUAUGCAAACACAAUGAUGGCUGCAUCCAUUAUAUACUACGUGGAUUCUCCAAAAUGGCUGGAGUCGGCUUUGGACUACAAGUAGCAGUCAAAUUAGUUCCAAACUUGAUUCGAAUAUUGCGAAAACCAUCUUUAUUUUUACAUCUUAUCUGGCAUCAAAAUAAUCUGAAACUUGGUGCUUUUCUAGGAUUAUUUUCUACUGUUUUUCGAAGUUCAAACUGUGCCUUGAGGUGGCUUCGACAAAAAGAUAGCAAUGUAAAUGGGCUUGUGGCAGGGUUUUUAGCUGGAUGGUCCAUGUUGUUUUACAAAAGUUCUACUUUGGCACUUUAUUUAGCUAUGAAGCUUCUUCAGGUACUCUAUUUCAAAGGGGUUGAAAAAAAAGCAGUCCCUCAUAUACACUGGGCAGAUAUUUUUCUGUACACACUUUCAACUGCCUUCCUUUUCCAUGUUGCCAUCUUUGAACCCCAUAAUCUCCGUCCAAGCUACUGGAAAUUUUUGCUACGAGUCACAAACAACAAGCUUGGAGAAAUCAACAGACAAAUAUUAAAUGCUUUUCAAACUAAGGCUUCUGAAUUACUUCCCAAUUUCUGGCCGAAUUAUAAUCCUGCCUUUACCAAUUUAAUAAAGCCUGACCAUUUAGCUCAUUAAUUAACCAAUUGUCAACAGAUGUCAAUGAAUAUUCUGGAUUUUCAAAAAAUGUUUUGUUGUGAGAAAAAGAAAAUAAUUAUUCCCUAAUCAUUUCAGGUGGGAUCAGGACCCUGAGUUUGCUCAUCUAAUUAAACCUGAUCAUUGAACUAAUUAUUACUUUGCUACAACUAAAAAAUAUCACAGUAUUUUUCUGAAUUUAUCACACACACACACACACACACACAUAUUAGUGACAUAAGAAACUUGUAAAUUUUCAAGAAAUUUUCAAUAGAACAUGAAAUAAUUCUUUUUUUUGGAAUAGUGAUUCUUGAAGUAUACAUAAAGCAUACAGUAUGUAAAUAUUGAGAGGAAAAUCCUUUUUGGAUAGAAAAAGUUGAAUACCAACUAUGAAACUUGAACCCACAUCUCCUGUAAACAUGACAGUGAGAAUCAUAUGUUGUUGACAAGUAACCUUUGACUUUUUAAUCCUAAAAGGUUUUCAAGCAAGUACUUUCAUGCUGUUUUUUAUAGUUCUAUAUGUGCUUUGAGAUCCUCUGUUCCAAAUAUAUAUCAGUUUUAGUGAAUGGGAGAGAAAAGUAAUAAUGCCAUAGAAGAGUGUGACAAUAUUUUAGCUGAUCGAGAAGAUUGCUAAUCUAGAGUUUAGUUCAAUGCAUAUUCAGUUCCUGAUGAACUCACUGCAAAUCAAGGAACUCCAGAGUAACAGGCAACAAGAUCAGCCAAAAUGAAUUAUAUAUGGGUAUACAUACAUUCAGAAAUAUAUAUAGAUAGAUAGACAUAUAUAUAUAUAUAUAUAUCUGUAUAUAUAUCUGUAAAAAUAUGUGACACUUAUUUGGUAGCCAUGAUAAAACUCCAAGUUUCGGAUGCCAGGGUGGGAACCCACGCCAACAUCUCUUUAGUUAUCUGGCCAUUGAAAAUUCCUGUCUCAGGAAACUCGGAGUUUUAUCAUGGCUACCGAAUAAGUGUCACAUAUUUUUACAGAUAAAUUCCUCUAUUUACAUAAUAUCGAGGUCUCUUUCUUUCUUUUAUUGUCCUUUCUAUCAACAUAUAUAUAUAUAUAUAUAUAUAUAUAUAUAUGAAUCUAUGUAUAUACAUGUGUGUAUGUAUGUAUGUAUGUGUAUAUAUAUAUAUAUAUAUAUACACAUACAUACACAUAUGAGUAUCUCAGUACAUGUGUGUGUUUGUGCAUAUAUAUGUGUAUGCAUGUACCCGUACAAUGUACAAUGAGGAGGAAGUUAUAUUGCAACUUAAACUCACCAUGAUUACAAAGCUGCAAUCUAGUUUACAUUACUUCUAGCAUAAAAAUUUUACAUUGCCUAUGCUCUUAAUACCCUUCAAAAAUGCAUGGUGGGACACCUCAUUACACUCUGUUCUAUUAUUCAUACCCUAUAUGUGUGUGUACAUAUACAUACAUUCAUUUAUAUACACAUAUAUGUAUAUGAAUAUAUAUAUAUAUAUAUAUAUGUACACACACACACACACACAUAUACGUGGAUGUAUGUGAAUAUAUAUAUAUAUAUAUAUGUAUAUAUAUAAAUGACAUUUUAUAAACAAACUUUGGAAGCGUCAAAUGCGUUUGAUAUUUUAUAGACAAGAAAGUAAUUUUCAAAUACAGUACAGUAAUGAAAACAGCAGAAAACCCCAAAUACCCAAUCUUUCUGCUGUUUCCAUGAGUGUACUGCAUUCAAAAUUUAAUUUCUUGUCUGUAAAAUAUAUAUAGGAUGUCCAUAAAAUUUCUUUACAUUAUGGAGUUUAAAAGUAAGGGAAUUGUAAAAAUAAAUAUAUGGACAGCCUGUAUGUAUGUAUGUAUAUAUAUAUAUAUAUAGUUUCAGUCAUUAGACUGUGGCCAUGAAAUUUCAGUCAAAUAAAUCAACCCGUCCUUUCUUUU